UUUUAUUCGCUUCAGUUCUAUAAGAAAAGUUUUUUCAUGUAGCAGGCAGCCAUAUUUAUGGUAGUGGAUGAUAUAGACAAGAAGGCCAUUUUACGUUUACUAUUAAAAACAGUUGAGAAAUUGUGUUGGUUUUGAUUUUUCUUUGUUCUAAAGGCAAAAUCUGGACAUUUUGGUCACUUUGACAAAAUUCUGGACAUCAUAAGCCCCUCUAAGUGUUGAUUACACUGCUGGACAAUGGGCUCAAGAUGGAGAGAUAUGCUGAUGGACUAUGGCAAUGUCCUGGGAGAUAAGUCCAGUAGGUCAAGCAGUGCGUACUUCUCGGUCAACGGUGACUUAAUGGACAAAAGAAACGAAGAUGUCCAGUUAAGACAGACGUUAGAAGUGUUUUUCAGACCCUUGUUUCAAAAGUUUGUGUACGGCGGUGAGAAGAUUGCCUGCCAUGAUCUGAGAAGUAUUUUAAGAGAACCAGAGUACAGGGAUCGUCUGCCCCCAGAUAAAGUGCACGAACUGGCAGAUCUCUGUGACUUCAACCAAGGCAGGGCUGUCAAAUAUGAAGAGUUUGCCAAAAUUGUUUUGGGUAAACACGACGACAACUCGAGUUUUGGGGGCUCGGACACCGGGCUCCACGGGGCGGACAGAGACAUGGGGAGGACCAAAGGUGCCCUCAGGGUGGUCUGCACCAACACCACCCAACAGCUGAUGGUGGACGACUACUUAUUUGAAUACAAGUGUCUCCCACCACCGUUUUUUAUGAUAGGAGUUACGAUUGCCCAGAUUAUUGUGUACAUCGUGUUCACAUCUCAAGAUGGUUGGUACACUUCCGCUCUGGACAGCAUCCCUAACGCCAACCACACCAAUGUUCUGAUGUACUAUCCUAACCGCAGACACGAAGCUUGGAGAUAUGUAUCGUACUGGCUAUUGCAUCAAGGAUUUAUCGACCUGAUCUUUAAUGUAAUCAUUCAACUUGUUCUGGGUGUACCCCUGGAGAUUAUGUUUAAGUGGUGGAGGCUGGCCAUUGUCUGGAUUCUGGGAGUUCUUGCUGGUUCACUUGGGCAGUCCUUAACGGACCAUUAUGUCGGUUUAGCUGGUGCAGGAGGUGGAGCCUAUGCUAUCAUGGCUGCCCAUUGUCUUACUCUGUGGCAGGAACGGCAUCAUCUCAAUGAUGACCCAACGGAGUCCAGGACAAAGAAAAUCUUGUGCGGACUUCCUCUUAGAGUGACUCUCAUGGUGAUCAUUUUAAUCCCCCAGAUUGCACUUGCUGUGUACAGACGCUGGUUCCUGGAUCCCAUCAAUAUUAGAGUUGGCAUUGCAGCACAUAUUGGUGGUAUACUUGCAGGAAUCACACUGGGCCCAGCCUAUUUGAAAGACAUUAAGCGUUAUCCCUGGCAGGAAGGCUCUGGUCUCUUCUCGCUCUUCACUUGUUUGAUAUUUAUUGGCGGCACUGUUAUCUUCAACAUUAUUUACAAAGGCUAUCCGGCUGAAAUAUACAACUAGCUGACACCCAACAAAUACAGAGAAAUUUACAAUAUUUUUUCUUUGGCCUGACAAUGUGGGAAUUUAACAUCUUAAGGUGUCAUUCAAAUAGUUUUAGAUUUUAGUUUUAAUGUUAUCACUUUUUUUACUUUCUGUUUGUCUCACUGAAAACCAAAAUAUCAAAUUUGAGUAUGACCAGGCCAUUUAGAGUUCAUGUCUUAAGUUUCACUCUGCCAUAUAAGCAUUUCUUAAAGUGUUUUAUGAGUAUCAAAAUUAUAUUUGUUAUUCUAAGUUAAUUACAUAGUCUCAAAGUGAGUUUCAGAACAGGUUUCAACUCGAUAGUGUCAAUUUGUUAGGUAGUCAUGUUUAACAGUUAUCAAGCUUACUUUGCAUAACCAUGGGCCACAGAUACAGAUGACCUUUACAUCAUCUGCCCUAUAGAUCAUAAAGUCUAAAAGGGGAAUCUUACUUUUUUUUGACUUACUACUUUGCUAUUAUCUUAAUUUCACUGUGGAUACCGAUGCUUGAUUUCUCACAUUGCUCUAGCCUUCAGUUUUCUGGAGAAGGCUUUGAGGAUUUAUUUCUUUGAUGGUUUGUACCUCAUGUAAAUACAUGUAUGAUAUUAAUAGUUUUGUUUAUUUUGAUUUUUGUGAUACCAUGCAGGCUUAUGCUGUCUUUUAUUGCAUCAAUAAUUGACUUUAAAAUACAAUCAAAACUUAUUUCUAAUUGUAUCAACCAUUUUUCACAUUAAUGACAAGAUGUUUAUUUAAAUUUGGUUUUGUUUUGUAAAGGGAAAUAGAAUUGAAUGUUAAAUAAAAAGAAUCAAACAUAUGACCAUGAAAUAGUACACUUUAAAAUUUCAACCUAAAUAUUAAAAAAUUGAAUGGCUGUUUGGUUUUGUGGUUUGCACUCUGGAUUGUCGUUCCGGGGUCUUAGGUUUGAACCCUGCUCAAUGCUUUCCCCAUUUGUUCUGUGGAAGGCUUGAACUAGAAUGUAAAUAUCCACAAAAUCAGAAGGACUAAAAAAACAAAGCAUUACUGCUGCAGGGGUAAACGACUGUAUAGAAAAUACGAAAAACAUGCAUAUAUGUAACCCUGCCGGACCAAGUUAAACAACUCGGUCCGCAGGGUAACAUAUAUUUAUGUUUUUCGUAUUUUCUAUAAAAUCAGAAGGAACAUCUGAAACAUAUCAAACAGACCACUAUAAAAAAUAAAAUUUCCCAUGAUGCAACACUUACAUUUAGAGAAGAUAAUGCAUUGACUGCAUGGCAUGAGAAAAUAAAUUAAAGGAAGACAUGACCAUAACAUGUGUUAGUACAUUUAAUACACUUAUACUUUAACCCAAAAUUUCCAGUGUGUGGAGAUAAAGUUGAUUACAUUUAUUUAGAGACUUAUAAGUAUAGGGUGAUAUAUUGCAACUCAAUGAUUUUGAGGCCUUCUAAUGUUGAUUAUUACUGGUUUUGUAUGCUCAUUAUGCUUUGGUCAGAUCAAUUUUGUGGACAUGUUGGGGGGUGGGGUGGGUAGAAGGUAUCUGGAAAAACACUUUUGUGCUAACUUUUAUGGACUUAACUGGAGUCAAAUCCAAAAUUAACAAAUUCUUGUCUACAUUGGAAUUAAAACUGGAGCCCCCUUCUGUUGGUUACUAAGAUGUUUAUGUCCCUCACUAACUUUAGUAUUGUUGAUGCUUGUACUGAAAUUAAUUUGUUAUUUUGUUACUUAAAAUAUUUUUUUUUAUUAAUAACAUGAUGUUUAUAUAAACUUGAAAUACAAUUAAUGUGUAAAUAGUACAGUAGAUAGACUUAGUGUUGGGCACUGUGGGUCAAUAAAAAAUUAAUCUUUCAA